AACAAGUCUGUAUUUGGAGCUAUACUGCACUAGCCAGCAUGAGGUUAAUUACAAUAUUGCAUAAUAUCAGAUUCUCCAAUACCAACACACAUUCGACUUUACGUGGAGACAUCCCCUUGCAUUUUUCCCCAUAAAAAUAAAUGCACUGGAGGAUAAAAUUAAAACUCGUGGUGCAGAGCAAGUACAACAGCACACAGUUGAUGAGGUGAAAAUGGGCAAUUCAACAAACAUUCAAAACUGUGAGAACAAUACCAUUGGCAAUGUAAAUAAUAUGACUGACGAUGAUAAAUUUAAUGAGGUUAUGAUGCAUUAUGUGAAGCCACCUCUUCUUGCUACUCUGCUGUUGAUCAUGCUUUCCAUGGGCUGCACGGUUGACUUGAAGAAACUAUGGGCUCACUGUAAGAGACCGUGGGGGCUAGCUAUAGGUGUAGUUUGUCAAUUUGGAUUCAUGCCACUUAUUGCAUUUAUCCUUAAAAUGUCUUUUAAAUUGGAACGUGCUUCAGCAACUGCAGUGCUUCUUAUGGGAUGUUGUCCCGGAGGGGUUAUUUCUAAUGUUCUGAGCUACUGGACAGAUGGAGACAUGGAUCUCAGUAUUUUCAUGACAGUCAUCUCUACAAUCCUGGCCACCGGUUUCAUGCCUUUGAACCUCUUUAUCUACUCACCCACCUUGGCACAAGGAUGCAACGAUACCAACAAAUCACCAGAUGCAAGCAUGAUUACACCUUACACAGAAAUAGGUAUUACUUUGGUUGCUUUGAUCAUCCCAAUUGUACUUGGAAUUUUUAUUGCAAAGAAGUGGCCAAAACAAUCAAAGAUUCUUCUCAAAGUAGGAACUAGUGUUGGUGCAGUCAUAUUUUUUAUCUUAGCAGUGACGACCUCACUGCUGUACCGAGGGGCAUGGAAGGCUGACUCAUCGUUGCUUGCUAUAGGAGUCAUCAGCCCUUUUAUUGGUUACACUACAGGCUUUGUUCUCGCUGUCAUUUUACGGCAAUCGUGGAAGAGGUGUCGAACUAUAGGUUUUGAAACUGGGGCACAGAGUGGACAAAUUUGUACAACCAUCCUAAUGCUAUCCUUCAAGCCAGAAAUUCUAAAGUCAAUGUUUGCAUACCCUGUCAUUUAUAUUUUGUUUCAAAUAAUUGAAGGACUAAUACUUGUUACAGUCUACCAGCUAUACAAAAGGUUCAGGAAACCCUCUGAACAAUCAGUGGAUUCAUCUCCAAAGAGCCAGAAAAAAUUGUUUGCCCAAAGCAGGAAGAAAAAAGCGCCAGCUGACGAGAACACCUACAAAACGACUCCAUCGAAUUAAGAAGCAGAAUGAAUUACAUUAGAGGAUGCAAAGGAAUUGCUCAAAAUCCACCAGGGGGCGCCGAACAAUGGCAGCCUCGCCAACAGUCUGUCUGUUUUUCCGUCUUUUUUUUGUUAAUUUUAGUGUGUUUUAAAAGUUUGUAUUAUUGUUCUCUGAUUUGUUUUAUGUGGGGGAUGGGGGAGGGGUUCAGAGGAAACUUUUUUUUCAGUCUCUUACCUUGCCGGAGAUGUGAUUGUUUACCGGAUCGUAUCUCCGGUCACUCUGCUGCCUUGCUUGGGACUGACUUUGAGCCCCACCACGGGAUCAUGGACUUACCGUCAGAGCCGAUCCCUUGCCUGGGAUCGAUGCUCCAACCGCGCGCGGUCUGCGGCUUUCAACAUCGCAGAGCUCGCAGUCUCGGGUAGAGACCAAGUCCGGACGCUCCAGUCGCAGAAGGUUCAACCUGCCCCGACCCGGGGUCAGAUUGCCCGGCACGGGGGAGCUGAGAGUAUCCCCUGAUGCAGGAGCUCGAUCGCCCCCAAACGCGGUGGGCCCAAACGCCGCCUGCUACAGGAGUCAAGAUCAUCCCGUCAACGGAAGGCUCAAGGCCCCCUCGAGGACACCAAAGAGAUUGAUUUUUUUUCGCCUGCCAUCACAGUGAGGAAUGUGGAGGAAUCGCUGUGAUGGAUGUUUAUGUUAAAAUGUAUUUUGUGUGAUUUGUUGCUUUUUAAUGGUAUGACUGUAUGGCAAAUCAAAUUCCUCGUAUGUUGCAAAACAUUGUGAAAAAUGUACAUCUUCCAGAUACGCUGGGACGCAUCCUCAGUGAUGUGACCUGGGGUCAUCGGGUGUUCGGGUCUCACAACAUCAGACGCCCUCACCCAGGCGACCCAGCCGGGGUUGAUCUGGCCCCAACUUGUGUCCCAGCAGCAACCGCCCAUAGAUCAGCCAUCUUAAUAACUACUCUGCAGGGGUUGGGAGACUCCAGUACGCGGGGGGACUGCGCUCUGUGGGGUGAGUCCUGGCUGGGCUCACCAGGUUCAAGGCCUGUGCGCUGCAUCUCUUUCUCCUUCUCCGAGCAUUUCAUUCUUGCCUGAUGGAUUUUUAAGCCAUGGUGGUUCAUUAGGUCUUUCCGUAGCUUUAUUGGGUAUCUUUCUCACGAAAGACACAGACUGGGCUAACCCAGCCUGUCCUGGGAGCCUUGUCUUUACUUGGCUAAUAAAGUAUGAUUAUGACUAUGGUUAUGAAAAUCAAUGAGAUUUAUUCUUCUAAUUCUUAAUAUUGUC